AAAAUUCAACUCUAAAUUUUCGCUAAAACAAGAGAGGAUUCAGGGUCCAUCCGCGGCUGUUCCAAUCGCAGUAUCUAUGUUUAAUCAGAUCUAACGCAGAGUGUUUUAUUAAUUAACUCAUUGCACGAUAUUUAGUUUGUUUACAGUUUUGUUUGGUCCCUGCUCGCGGCGGUAGGUGGUGGUGGAGGUGGUGGUGUGUUGGUGGACAUGGAGGGGAAUUCUGGGGGAGGAGGAGGUAGUGGCAGUGGCGGUGGCGGCGGAGGUGGGAAUGACGUGGAGUUGCUUUGCAAAACACUUCAGGUUGAGCACAAGCUCUUCUACUUCGAUCUCAAGGAGAACCCUCGUGGUCGCUACCUUAAAAUCUCCGAGAAGACUUCUGCUACCAGGUCCACCAUCAUCGUCCCCUUCUCUGGCAUUUCCUGGUUUCUCGAUCUCUUCAAUUACUAUGUCAACUCCGACGAGCAAGACCUCUUCAGCAAGGAAUUGCAGCUUGACACCAAGGUGUUCUACUUCGACAUUGGGGAGAAUAGGAGGGGCCGUUUCUUAAAGGUGUCUGAAGCUUCUGUCAGUAGAAAUCGUAGUACUAUCAUUGUUCCUGCUGGAAGUUCCAGAGAUGAAGGGUGGGCUGCAUUCAGGAACAUUUUGGUAGAGAUCAAUGAAGCUUCUAGGCUUUUCAUUCUUCCUAACCAGCAAAGUUCUGAGUCUUCAGAACGUCUUGUUGGGCUUUCAGAUGAUGUUGGUGCAGGAUUCAUAUCUGGUCAUAGUAGUCAACCUCCCACAUCGUCAGAGCUGAAUGUGGAUAGGUCUGUUGAUUUGCCAGUUCAGGAUGAAAUAGGGAAUUUGGGGGUCUCAAAAGUUAUCAGGGCCGAUCAAAAAAAAUUCUUCUUUGAUCUUGGGAGCAAUAACAGGGGUCAUUUCUUAAGAAUAUCUGAGGUUGCAGGUUCUGAUCGUUCAUCCAUAAUUCUGCCUCUGUCAGGACUCAAACAGUUUCAUGAGAUUGUUGGCCACUUUGUGGAAAUCACUAAAGAUCGAAUUGAUGGAAUGAAAGGAGCUACUGUCCGUACAAUCGAGCCCCCUCAAAGAUGAAUGGCAAGUUAGGGGUGUUCAGUCAUAAUAAAUAAUCCAGUUUCGCCAAGGUUUCAUUAGCUAUACGAAUGGGUGUUUUCUUUGCUUUUCCUUUUAUCCUUUUUCUGUUUAAUGUUUUCCUUUCUGCUGUUGCUUUUCAUGUUAAUCUUCUUCCAUUGAUGAUUUUCGGAAUAAUCCAACCUCUGGUUGAUUAGCAGAGAAAUUGGAAAUGCAUGGCGUUGGGAAUAAGGGAAGAAAAUGGACCAAAACUUGUGCUUAGCUAGACAUAUUGUUGCACCCAUGUUGUGUUCUGUAAUAAGGUGUGUUUGGUUGUUUUUUUAUUACCUACAAAGGUUUAUUUGGAUUUCAAUUGUAAAAUGAUCUUAUGUACAAUAACUAUCAAAGUGAGAUUGCUGCAGC